CAACGCAUCAUUUCUGUGCAUAAAAGGCUUUGAACAUGUUUGUUGAAUUUGUAGUUUUUAUCGAGUGUUCAAUUGAUUAAUAAGAAAACUCUAAAGUGCAUUAAAAUUGAUAAGGCAUUAAAAUUGCAUUUAGUUCAAAAUUUAGAAAAUGGAACCAACCACAAAAUUACUAUUGACAACUUUAUUAACUCUUCUAACAUCCUCGCCAUACACAAGUGAAGCUGUUUACAAAUUUUGCGAUGGAAUAAAUAUUUACAAAGCACCAAGUGAUUACAGUUGUUCUCUGUUUCAUUUUUGUGUGCCUGGUGUUGAAUUUUACAAUUGGACAUGCCGAAAUGGUUUGCAUUUUAAUAAAGAAACUAAAGAAUGUGAGGAUCCUAAAGUAGCAAAUUGUGUUCUUCCUUGUCCUCAAAACGGUGACGAUUUUCUUCAGCCAAAUUAUGCUGAUUGCUCGAAAUAUUUCAUGUGUAGCAAUGGAGAGCCUGUUACGGAAACAUGCAAUGAUGAACUUUUGUUUAGUGUUGAAACUAAUCAAUGUGAACCUAAUGAGACUGUUGAUUGUGGAGUUCGAGGAAAUGGAACUGUGACAGCAAGACCUGUAGUAACGACAACGAAAUCAACUGAAACAACGAGUUACAAUCCAAAUCCUAUUUGCUUAGAUGAGCAAGGUCCUUACUUCUUUCCAAAUCCUUAUGAAUGUAGAAACUUUAGCGUCUGCUUUGAUGGAAUGAAAAUCAUGACUCAAUGUACGCCAGGCCGUGAGUUUGAUUACAUAUUAAAUGCGUGUCUUGAGAAUGCAGUAUGUUACGGAUCAGAUCCAACAACCACAUCGGCAAUGUUGACAACUGUUCCAGUCACAACCACUUCAACAUUCACUGAAGAAUCCACGACUUUAAGUACCACAACCUUCAACAUUUUAACAACGACAAGAACUCCUGAUAGAUUUAAAUGUCCAUUAGAACCAGGAAUAUUUUAUUAUCCACACAAAGUUGAUUGCACCAAGUACUUCAAAUGCUAUUUAGGAAUCGCUCACCUUCUCAGGUGUGAAGACGGUUUGCAAUUUGACUACAUUGAGGAGAUAUGUAAAGAAAAUGCGAAUUGCUACAAUGCUCAAUAAAGAACAUUACAAACAGCGUUAAAAUCAUUGAAGCAAUGAAUGAUAUCCAUGACGUAUGUCACAACGUAGCGAAUUACAGCAAUCUUAUCAAUCACUAAUAUAGCUUUACUCUUUGUGUUUUGCGAAAAUGUUUAAAUUCUUUUAUUAUUAAUUUUACUACUUUAUAGGAAUAAAAUGUCUAAAUCCCAGUUCUUCUUGUGACA